AUGUCUUGGAAAGUAGGGACCACUAACGUGCGACUGGGCCGUAACGCCGGCACCACGAACUAUUCCAGUGACGCGACCGCCAUAGGUAUGGACGCCGGCACGACAAAUCAGGCGUCGGGAAGUGUGGCGAUUGGCAAUUCGGCGGGAAAUGACACGCAAGGUGAAAGUUCCGUGGCCAUUGGAUCUGAUGCGGGGAUGGACACGCAGAGUGAAAAUGCCAGACACAUGGGCAUGAAUGCGACGGCUAUUGGACCGGAAGCUGGCUCCAUAAAUCAAGCGGGACGCGGGGUGGCUGUUGGACGCAGUGCGGGGUAUAGUAACCUGGCGUUCGCUGCGAUUGCCGUGGGUUCGGAAGCGGGUAAUAUGGACCAGGGUUCGGAUUCAGUGGCCAUUGGGCAGAACGCAAGUGUUGGCUCACAAUCAACGCGCGCCGUCGCGAUUGGGAGGGUUGCGGGACAGACGACACAGGGCAACUCUGCGAUUGCCGUGGGUAGCGCUGCGAGGCUAAGCAACCAAGGUGCAGGAAGCAUUGCGCUGGGCCUUAACACCGGGGCUGUAGACCAGGGUGUGCGUUCGAUAGCGGUAGAAUCAGAAACUGCUGGUGGUAGUCAGGGGUCAUAUGCUGUAGCGGUUGGAAACGUUGCAGCAACUGUAUCUCAGGGUGAGAACGCGGUGGCUGUUGGGUCGGGGUUUAGGGAUUUUGUUCCAGCGCGUCAAUCCGGGCGGCCAGUUCGGCUCGUGUCGAUACAAGGUCUGCGCGCAGAUGCUGAAUCUCCUUGA